CGUAGACAAACUUCGAGCUCGAGAGAUCUUGAGCAAUAGUUUGUUGCCAAAUCGUGUGGCGUUCCCGGAGUGGAUCUUGAUACUUCGGCUGUUUUAGCCAUGUCACAGCUUCAUCAAGAAGCCUUGCGAAGACAGCAUGUCGUUGAUAAGCAAAAUGUAAAUGAUUUGUCUUGGUCGUUGCCGAAAAACAGAAGCAGUCAAAACCUACGCAGUCCUUUCAGUUCCGGCAUAAGAAGCAAUACCAGUCCAAACUCAUCGUACCAAGGAUUAGCCAUGGGUAGUAGUCGUGGUUCCAGCAGCAAAGAAAUUGUUAUCACAGACCCUUACUUAGAUGCAGUAGCGAAAGCAAGAAAAGCAAGAACUCAGAAUAGAUUUUCGUCAACAGAUUACAUGAUGCAGUGGUGAAGAUAACUGAGCAACUAUUGAUACAAAGAAUGUUAUUAUGCGAUGUUGUUUUCUGACAUAUAACUGUACAUUUUCAAGGCAAUAAACUCUUCAGACUAUUUUCAUGUUAGA